AUGAGCAAGGCUUCGGGGGGCUCCAACUGGGAGCAGCUGAAGAAGACGCUCACGCCGACGAAGAAGAAGCCAGCAUCGAGCGCGCGCGAUGGUCGUGGGACGCCGGCCAAGAAGCGCAGGCCGGGCGUUGGCGGACUUGCGUCCUUCACGAAGAACUUUGAGAGGAAAGAAACAACUGCCGGACCGUCGCAGUACAAUACGGAUGAGGUGACCUUCCUCGCCGCACCGAGUGAGAAACCACUCAUGCACGAGCUUCGUCAGAUGGUCGCUGGAAACAAUGUCCUGAAUGAGUCGAAGAAGUCAAUCGGCAACUACCUUGCGAUUGAUUGUGAAAUGGUCGGUCUCGGUCAAGGAGGUGAGGAGAGCGCGCUUGCGCGAGUCUCCAUCGUGAACUAUCACGGUCACGUCGUGCUCGACACUUUCGUGCAGCCGCGCGAGCGCGUCACCGACUUCCGUACAUGGGUCUCGGGUGUGCGCGAGUCAGACGUCAUGAACGCCCCGCCAUUCGACGAUGUGCAGAAGCAGGUUGCGGGUAUGAUCAAGGACAAGAUUCUAAUCGGUCACGCCGUCGAGAACGACUUGAAGGCACUCCUUCUCUCUCAUCCGAAUCCGCUCCUCCGUGACACACAGAAGUGCAAGCAACUCCGCGAACAUGCCAAAACGAAACGGCCCGGUCUGAAGAAGCUGACGGAGCUCGAGCUUGGUUUGCGUAUCCAGGGAAGGUCCCAUUCCUCGGUUACUGAUGCACGAGCUACAAUGGCGCUGUACCGCCUGUACAAGCCCGAGUGGGAGGCGUCGCUGCGCCACGUCAUGGAGACGUAUCGUCAGAAGACGGGUAUGGAGCCGCUGUCGACCAAGAAGAAGCGCAAGCGCGGUGACGCGGAGGACGGCGAUGAGGAGGAAAAGGAGCGGGGCAAGCAGAAGCAGUUCCCGGGCGGAGGACGAAAGGGCAUCUCGUCCGGUCUCAGCGUCGUCGUGAAGCGUUUCGGAAAGAAGGUCGAGGACCAGCCGAAGCGACGUGGGCCCGCGCCUGCGCCGGCUGCGUCGUCGUCGGGAGGGAACUGGUGGGAGGAGGCUGCUGGCUAA